CUGCGGUCCCUUUAAGUUGGUGAUACUAUGUACCCUGUCAGUAUUCGUCAGUAUAUUUGCCAAAAUAAAAAAUAGGUGAAAAUUCCAAAUACGAAAUGUCUGGUGAUGAAUUCCACCGACCAAAACAUCACAGGAAUGUACACAGGGUUGUCAUCGGAUACUUCCACAAAAACCUACUCAGCAGUUACACCAAGGAUUAUAACACAUGCAAGAAGAUGGAUUUCGCAUCUGUGUUUGCCAUCCUGUUCAGCAGCGUGACAGGGAUCCUUAACGGCGCCAAUAUGUCAGGUAUUUUCCUGAAACCUGCAACAAUAACUACAAAGGGAGGUAACCCUUACGUGGCAGUCCUAAUGUCCUGGAUCCUUGUACAGGCGGUGUUGUUGGUGGGAUCACUCAAUGCGAUUGCUCCGGCUGCGUCUGUAUUCUUCCUCUUGUCUUACGCUGGUGUCAACCUGGCAUGUUUGGCCCUGGAACUGGCGUCUGCUCCAAAUUUUAGGCCAUCUUUUAAAUACUUCACCUGGUACACCUGUGGAGCCGGACUGUUGGGUUCAAUGGUGAUGUGUUUCCUGAUCAGCCCUAUAUACACCUCCGUGGCCAUCAUCAUCAUGUUGCUGUUGACAAUUUUACUUCACUUCCGUUCCCUACCUACUCAGUGGGGCUCCAUCAGCCAGGCUCUUAUAUACCACCAGGUCAGGAAGUACCUUUUAAUGUUAGACCCUAGGAAGGGUCAUGUGAAGUACUGGCGUCCACAGAUCAUCCUCAUGGUGGCACAGCCUCGACAAUCCUGUGAACUCAACGACUUCAUCAAUGACAUCAAGAAGGGAGGACUUUAUGUCCUCGGUCACGUGAAGGUUGGGCGCUGGGAAGAUCAUGACACGGACCCAUUGGGCGAGGAGCAGACACGCUGGAUGACUUUGGUAGAUGGCAUGAAGAUCAAAGCUUUUGUAGAGAUUACCAUGGCAACAUCUGUUGUCGAGGGAAUGGGACAUUUGGUGAGAAUAGCGGGACUAGGAGGCAUGAAACCAAACACAGUGUGUCUGGGAUUUUACGAUUCCUCGAAGCCUAUAGAUUCUCUAGCCAGGAGGCUUACGCAGAAAAAGAAGCGCAUUUUAGGCGGAGUUGAAAACGGUGUUUCCUCAAAUAUGGAAGGUCUUUUUUCCAGUCUACGAGGAGAACAUGAAAACAAGAGUCUACAACCGGGGGAGUAUGUACAGAUGAUUGAAGAUUCUCUAAAACUACAGAAAAACGUGAUUCUUUGUCGACAUUUCCACUUGUUAAACAAGACUGUGGUUGCAGACACUAGAGCGACGUCUUAUAUAGACGUAUGGCCUGUUAAUUUGUUUCAACCAGAAACUGCGAGUUUCUUUGACAACACAUGUCUGUUCAUGCUGCAGUUCGCCUGCAUUUUGAGGAUGGUUCCGCCAUGGAAAGCCAAAACUCAACUUCGUGUGUUCUUGUGCCUUAAUGCCCAGACAGACAACACACUCCAGAAAGAACAGAAACUGGACGCUUAUUUACAGCAGCUGCGUAUUUACGCCAAGAUCAAAAUCGUCACUUGGGACCACCUCAUGCAUAUGUUGCCACAACCGACGGAGGUGAGCAGUGAGCUGAUGCAGGAUUUUCAUUCGGCUCCAAAUCAGUUUAUACAGGAAAUGAACGAACUGAUCAUCUCGCAUUCAAGUCGGACUGUGGUAUCCUUCUUGUAUCUCCCACGACCUCCGCCUGAGAGUAAAUUU